ACGCGUUUGAGGCCUCAGACGGCGAGUGGCAGUCGUACAAUAAAGACGUAUUAUUUUCGUUAUCCACCUGGCGGACCUCUGAAAAGUUGGUCAGACAACUUUUUAAAAAAAACCGCACAAAGCAACCAAAACGGUUAAAACACUACUAAGCGCAACAAGCAAGCAAAAAAGUCAAAUUAAAUAGAGCUCCUUUUACUUUUUCGUUACUGAACGGCGUUUCUGUUAAAAAAAAAACAACACAUAUAAGUUUCAAUUGCAUAAUAACAUAGAUGACCGAGAAGGAUAACGUAUCGAUGGCUACCGUGCAACUGAAGCCCGACUAUGCGGCUAGCGAGGUCUACAGCACCGCCAGCGAACCGCCACCGGCGUACAAGCGUCAGGCGAAUUCGGUGAAAAUCGCCAAAAUCGCCGCUUUCACCAUUAUCGCCUCCUCCUUCAUCCUGGGCUCCUUCCUCUUGGCCUUGUCCUAUGUGCAGGCCAGGGCAUCCUGUGAUCAGGUGCAGGCGCUAGAUUCGGUACUGGAGAAGGAGCUAAUGCUAGAAACGCUGCAGCAGGUGAACAAGGAACUACCAAGAGCUGAAGCUUUGCUGGGCAAAUCAGAAGCCGGUGAGGAUUUGCAAAAUCUAGACCACGAUGAGACACUUGCUGAAAAGAAGACAGUGUCAAAGAACGAAGACGUCAACGAUCACGACAACUCCUAUUCGGACAGCGAUGAGACCGAGGAGAUGCAAAAGUUCCCUGGCAAGAUGCCGCUCGAGCUGGACUUGAGCGAUCUGGCUGCUGCCAUUCUGCGCAACAACAAGAAAUCCCGCAUGAACUGCGUGGUGGAGCGCAAGCAUGCCGAGGAGAUUGUCGAUUCGCCCUCGAAGACUGUGGCGCUGCCUUUUGGCGUCAAUCUGACCACCGAUCCGAAGAAGGCACGCAUUACCGGCGAGCGCAUUUCUAUUUUCUGCGAUGGCGGCGAAGAUAAGGAGGAGAAGGAGGCGAAGCGUCAGCGUGAGGAGGAGGACGAUUCGGAAGAGGAUACUGAAUCAAUGCAUCCCAUGUUCAUACCACUGCAGCGUGUGCCAAUGCCAUUUGGACGCAUACCCGACCAGAUGCCACUGACCCAUAUGCCACAGCGCAUGAUGCCGCCAGCGAUGCAACAGCAGUUGCCCCAGCAGGGUCAUCCAUCCAUCAUCCUUCGCCAACUGCCUCCUCCAUUCCAGCAUCUGCCCAUGCGUCCACCAAUGCCGCCACAGGUGAUGCAGGCUCCACGCAUGGAGGAGCAGCCACAUCAGCCCCAGAUACAGACCGUGCGCAUUCACAUGCAUCAGCUGCCCUUCCGCCCCACCUUCGACAUGCCCAACGAUAUUCCCAGGCCCGCUCAGCACCAGCCAGAGAUGCCUCAACGCGACAUGCCUCCACGUGAGUUGCUGCAGCGCGAGAUGGCCCAACGCGAGAUGGCUCAGCGCGAGAUGGCUCAGCGCGAGAUGGCCCAACGCGAGAUGGCCCAGCGCGAGAUGGGUCAACGCGAGAUGGCUCCACGCGAGAUGGCUCCACGCGAUAUGCCCCAGAUCCAGAUCCAGCAUAUGCCACUGGGCAUGGCUUUGGAAAGCGUUGGAAUCACCGCUGACGAUCUGCGCAACAUUCAACGUAUGGCCAUGAAUAGCUUCGCCGGCCAAAUGCACCGCUUUACCGCCGGGGAGGGAGCCGACUCCAAUGAGAACAACAGCGCCAACUCCAGCGAGGAGGAGGAGCAACACUCUGAGACGGCCAUGCCAUCUGGCGAGCAGUCGACCACCACAGAAACUCAGUCCUCGAACCAGCAACAGCAGCGGGAGCAGCAGCCAGUGCAGCAACCGGAGCAGCCGCAACAGCAGCGUGAUCAGGAAUCCAGUGAGCAGCAGCAGGAGGAGCAAUUGCCUCAUAUGCAGAUUCAGCGCUUGAUCCUGCAGCCGCUGCCAGAGCAGCCACGCGACACAAUGACACCACCCAUGCCCGAUCAGUCCGCACAAGCCGUGCCAGUCAACCGCAUGUUCUUUGGACGCAGUCUGGCACAGCCUGUGCGCAUCCCAGUGCCCAUGAUGCAGCCAGCCGAGGGCGGCGCCGUCUCCGAGGAGUCGCAGCGACCACACUUCGUCCAGCCUCGUUCCGUUUAAGUAACAACAACAACACGCCUGUGAUUGCUGCUCUGCGAAUCGGAUCUGGUUGUCGUAUUGUUUCUACAAAUCAAAUUGUAACUGUUUAGCGUCAUCCGUUGCUCGAUUCCAUCGAAAUUAAAAAAGAACAUCUCAAAAAUUAAUUGCAUAUUUGCAUGUGUAGCAGCCCCAAAACGCCAAAAAAAAGCAACAAAAAAAAAAGAAGUAAAUAAAAUGAAGACCGUCAAUUGUUAGAAAUUUUUGUGUUUUGGCCCCAAGAAAUCUCUGUGUAUGCUUCCCACUGUAUCUCUUAACCCUAUAUCUACUAUUUGUAUAUGUAUUUGUAUAUUUUCGUAUAAAUAUUGUAUGUAUAACAUUCCAAUCGGUCCUUUGACGUUUGUGUUAUUUCAAAAAAUUAAGCAAAAGAGAAAUCGUAUGUGUAUUUUUUUUUUUUAUAAAUAUUUGUCUACAGUUUUAAUUUGUUUUUCUUUUCGCCUCUUUUUCACAAAUAAAUCCGAUGAAAUUUGUACAUAAAUUAUUGUAUUUUAUUUUUAAUACUUUUUUGUAGCUUUUAGUAAGUUAAAAACAAAUGAAAACAAAACCAACAAAUUGUACAUUUUUUUAUAUACAUACAUUUUGAAGCGAAUAAAAUUGUGGAUAAUUGGAAAUUAA